CAAAAAAUGAGCCCUCAUACCGCCCCAUACACGGAAAAAUAAAAAAGUUAUAGGGGUCAGAAGAUGACAAUUUUAAACGUAUUAAUUUUCCUGCAUGUAGUUAUGAUUUUUUCCAGAAGUCCGACAAAAUCAAACCUAUAUAAGUAGGGUAUCAUUUUAAUCGUAUGGACCUACAGAAUACAUAUCAGGUGUCAUUUUUACCGAAAAAUGUACUACGUAGAAACGGAAGCCCCCAAAAGUUACAAAACAGCGUUUUUUUUUCAAUUUUGUCGCACAAUGAUUUUUUUUCCCACUUCACCAUAGAUUUUUGGGCAAAAUGACUGACGUCAUUACAAAGUAGAAUUGGUGGCGCAAAAAAUAAGCCAUCAUAUGGAUUUUUAGGUGUAAAUUUGAAAGAGUUAUGAUUUUUUAAAGGCAAGGAGCAAAAAACGAAAAUGCAAAAACGGAAAAACCUCCGGUCCUUAAGGGGUUAAGAUGCUUACUGUAGCGCAGCAGUGGCUUUGACUUGAUGGAUGGGGGUACUGUAAUGGAUGCUCCCCCUCUAUUUUGCAGGCACCCGGUUGUAAUCUGUCUUGCGAACAGACUUGUGGGCACUAACGGGUUAAUACUGAUAACUACUGGCACCGGAGAGUGGAUACUGGCAAUCUUGGGUGUUUGCAGAGUCUGCAUUGCAGCGGAUACUUGACAGUUGGCCUCAAAGUAUGACCACCAACUGGAGGCCGAGCUGAGGGAAUGGAUCCAGAGCACGACCGGGAGGACCAUUGGAAACAAGUUCAUGGAGUCGCUGAAAGAUGGCGUCAUCCUGUGCGAAUUAAUCAAUAAGCUGCAGCCGGGAUCUGUCAGGAAGAUCAAUGAGUCUACACAAAACUGGCACCAGCUGGAAAAUAUUGGAAACUUUAUUAAGGGCAUCACAGCGUACGGAGUCAAACCACAUGAUAUAUUCGAGGCAAAUGACCUGUUUGAGAACACCAACCUCACCCAAGUCCAGUCCACACUCCUCACACUGGCUGGCAUUGCCAGGUCAAAAGGCGACAAAGGGACCCUUGGAGUCAAGUACGCCGACCCCCAGGAGAGGAAAUUCAACCCGGAAAAACUUAGGGAAGGGAGAAAUAUCAUUGGACUUCAGAUGGGAACCAACAAGUUUGCCAGCCAGAAAGGGAUGACAUCAUAUGGUACCCGUAGACAUCUGUAUGACCCCAAAUUAGGCACUGACCAGCCGCUGGACCAAGCUACCAUCAGCCUACAAAUGGGCACCAAUAAAGGAGCAUCCCAGGCCGGCAUGACGGCUCCAGGCACCAAGCGCCAGAUCUUCGAGCAGAAGCUGGGCAUGGAGCAGUGCGACACCCAGACCAUACCCUUGCAAAUGGGAACAAACAAGGGGGCAUCUCAGCAGGGCAUGACUGUGUACGGUCUCCCGCGCCAGGUUUACGACGCCAAGUACUGCAUGGAUCCCAAUGCGCUCCUGCCGGACGAGGACGGGCAAUUCAACAGCCAUCAGUAUUUCAACUCCGAGUAGCGCCGUCCAUUUCUCCCCCAAAUAACCCGUACACCACCCUCUUCUGUGCCAGUGUGUGCCUGCUACUGUGGCAGAGAACGGUGUCCCAUUGCUGCCCAUUCUAUGCCAGCGUGUGCCAGUUGCUCUGGCAAAGGGGGGUUAAAAUGCUAUCCACUAUUCGUGUUUGCUCUUGCAAAGGGAGAAAUAGAUGAUGCCCGCUCCGUGCCAGCCUGCCUUCUGGCAAUUAGAUGCUGCCCGUCCCAUACCUGCUGUUCUGGCAGAGAAUGAUGCUCAUCCUACCCACUUUCUGCUCUCCUGGCAGAAAAGGGGGUAAAAGCUUCCCAUUCUGUGCCAGCCUAUGCCCGCUGCUUUGGCAGUAAAAAAAAAUUAAAAUAAAAAAUAGACCCAGUCCCUCUGCGCCCGACACCACUUUACAAGAGACAAUGAGAGUCACAAACCCUUUUCCUAAUUUCCUCCCCCAUUACAGGUGGAACGUCUGCAGAGCAUUGCACCCUCUGUCUUUAAAAAUAUUAGCAGAUCAUUGCACCCUGUCCACUUUUAUUUGUCAUUUUUCACAUUCAUCAAGGGGGUUCAGAAACUUUUUAUUUCAACUAUUAUUUUAAACGGGAGACAUGAGGAUCUUCCUGGGUGUGGGGAUAAGAUAAGCUACACAUCCCAAUCCUUCACUGCUACCGUUUUAGAGCGACAGUCUGCAGAGCGUCGCUGAAGAGAUGGUGGGCAGAAGGGAACGCGAUAGGUGACGUCAGGGCGGCGAUGCUCUGCAGCCUUCCUAGUCUGGGCGUGGGUGAGAUACUGUGCUGAGAGAAGGGGACUGUCUAUGGGAUUAUGUUCUUGCAGGUGAGAUGUAUAUAGGGGCUUACGACAACCACCGAGACGGGUGCAAUGCUCUGCAGACUGCGGCGUAACGAACGAGUUGCCUGGCUACGUUUAUUUUUUUUUUUUUGUGCAUGUUCCUCGCUGCCCCACAACCCCUCCUCCACCCUUUCCUCUCAUCACCGCAGUUAACACCUCACCUCUGCUCUGUUCAAGAACCG